AGCAGCGACGCCGCGGUGAAAAAACGAAACUCGCGUCGACAUCGAUCUACUCGUGUGGCGUGCGGACUAUAUUCUUUUUUACGAACGAAAUAUUGAAAUAAACGCGUUUCCCCGUAAUGUAUGUGGUGCUAGUGCAUUAAAAUAUAAUUAAAAACGGUCUGUGCGUGUAAUUCUAAAUAAUGUUACGUCAUUCCCGUGCUUAGUGUUAGUUACUUGGCUUCUGUUAGUGAGAAGUGGUUUUGUGAAGUGACUGAGAAAUAUUCGACAUUAUCACCUCUCGGAACAGUCUGCCGAGCUGUGCAUGAUUCCAGUACGCCAUCAGUGAGGUCCAAACCAUAUUCAACCAGGAGCAAUGGCAGACACGGAUACAGAGACGCUGCCGAACGGCACCGGCCCGCUGUCCACCGAGGAGGAGGAUGAGAGGCUCAAGCAGCGCCCCGCAGACAUCGACGCGGAUGUCCGCGAGAUGGAGCGCCGCAAGCGCGUGGAAGCGCUCAUGUCUUCAAAGCUCUUCCGUGAGGAGCUGGAGCGGGUGCUGGAUCAGCAGAUCCACGAGGGCAAUGAUGCACCGCUACUGCAGCGCAUACGGGAGAUGGUGGGAGGGCGUCUGCACACAGGCAGCUUGAGGGGUCCAACGUGCGUUCUGCCUAUCAACGACAUUCGAGGCAUCGAAGGCGUUGGAUACGAGAAGGGCGAGAAGAUUCUCCGGUGCAAGCUGGCCGCUGUCUACCGUCUAGUGGAUUUGUUCGGCUGGACCCAAACCGGCAUCAGCGGUCAGAUCACGGCGCGGCUUAACACGGCCGUGGAACAGGUGCUGACGACGCCGCGCGGGCUGCUGCCGCACGAGGUGACCGCCUCCUCGCUGGUGAAGGUGGACAUGCAAGGCGUCGUGCAGGACCAGGGCACCACCAAUUUCCCGGUUAACGUUGAAGGGUUCUCGCUGCACGCGUCGGUGCACGCGGCGCGGCCCGACGUGCGCUGCGUGCUGCACGUGCGCUCGCCGUCCGCGCUGGCCGUGUCCAGCAUGCGGCGCGGCCUGCUGCCGCUGUGCAACGAGGCGGCCCUGCUCGGCGAGAUCGCCUACCACCGCGUGCCCUACGGUGCUUUGGAUAACGAGGAACGCGACAAGCUAGUGCGAGCCCUCGGCCCGUCCGCCAAGGUGCUGGUGCUGAGCAGCGGCGGCGCGCUGUGCUGCGGCGCCACCCUCGAGGAGGCCUUCCACCAGGCCCGGAACCUCACCGCCGCCUGCGACGUCCAGCUGCGCCUGGCUUCGCUGCCGCUCGAUGAAUUGACACUGCUCGAUGAGGACACUAGGAGACAGAUCUACGAAGCGUCCCGCAAGCCGCCGUCGGAUGCGAACAAGUGGCGGGUCGGCGGUGAGGAGUUCGAGGCACUGAUGCGAAUGUUGGACAACGCGGGCUUCCGCACCGGCUACAUAUACAGGAAUCCGCUCAUCAAGAACGACGUACCGAAACCCAAGAACGACGUAGAAGUACCGCCGGCCGUCUCCUCGCUGGGAUACCUUCUGGAAGAAGAAGAGCUUUACAAGCAAGGAUUAUGGAAGAAAGGUCAAGGCAAGACCGGCGAGCGUACCCGCUGGCUGAACUCACCAAAUGUCUACCAGAAGGUCGAGGUUUUGGAGACUGGCACCAGCGACCCCAAGAAGAUCACCAAGUGGGUGGGCGCUAACAACGAAGAGUGGGUACAAGACGGCUCGCCGGCGCACUCCAGCACACCGGUCAAGAUAGAUACACUGCAAUUUGUGCCUAAAAACACCAAUCCGAAAGAGUUCAAACAACUACAGCAACAGAUCAAAGACAAUCGUCGUGCGGACAAGAUAAGCGCUGGCCCACAGUCGCACAUCUUGGAGGGCGUGACGUGGGACGAGGCUGCCAAGCUGGUCGGCGAGGACGCUGUCAACACCCACACCGGCGACCACGUCGUGCUGAUGGGCGCCGCGUCGAAGGGCAUCAUCCAGCGCGGCUACCAGCACAACGCCACCGUGUACAGCGCGCCGUACGCACGCAACCCCUUCGACCAGGUCACCGACCGCGACAUCGACGAGUACCGCCGCGUCGUCGAGCGCAAGCAGCGCGGCCACGAGUAUGACACAGACCUGUCAGAGUCGGAGCCGAUAAGCGCUGCCCAAGUGACCUCGCCCGCCAGCCAACCCUCCGACACGGAAGAGGAGUCGCGGGACGAACACCGCGUGUUAAGAAUAGAAACCAAACAAGUACCAAUACGAAGCCAGCCAGAGGUCGUUUUGAGCGACGAUUUCUUGAAUGCCGAGAGGGCGCACGCCGACCGCAGUAGAGCAUCUAGAGAUCCAAGUCUGCUGUUAGAUGAUGAAGUGUUUUAUUCUUCGGAUGUGUCCCGAGUGACGUCGCCGUCUGAGCCUAUCAUAUUACACUUGCAUAAGAAGAUCAUAGCACCCCAACGGGAUCCGAACCUCCUCUCCGACGAUGAGGCCUUCGUCGAUUCCAGCUCCACAAUCUCCACUCCGGCCCCCAAGAUACAAGGGGUUGUGAUCAGGGCACACCAUACUGCUGUACAGCAGACGGUCGUCAGAGGUGAGCACACGGUGAACGGCGACCACUCAGACGCGCAUCAAAGCACCUUCUCCCAUAGCAGUAAAGAAGGCUCCCCAUCGAAGGAGGUGUCUACCGAGGACUCGCCUAAGAAGGAUAAGAAGAAGAAGAAGGGUCUGCGGACGCCGUCGUUCCUCAAAAAGAAGAAAGAAAAGAAGAAGGACAAGUCCAGCACCCCACAACCCGCCUAGAGUUAAACCCGCAAUCCACACUGCCAUCUCGCUUUGGAAUAUUUGUAAUUUAAAAUUAAGAAAGUCUUCAGAAAUGCCUGUCAUACAGAAAAGCUUACAUGCGGUGGGAUGUAUAUAACGUAGAAUCAAUCGACUUUUGUUUAUCCUGGAAAAAAGAAAAAAAAAGUAGCAAAAAAAAUUAAAUUAAUUUUUAACCUGUACAGAAACAUACUACGCUCAGGUUAGGUUGAGCGUACUCUGUAAAAAUUUCAGAUACGUUGUAAAAAGUACAUUCGUUAAUCAACGAUUGAAUUAAUAAAGAGAAAGAAAGCCGAGCAAAAAUAAUUCGUCAUUAUCAUCAUCAGCCGCCAUCUGCCCACAAUAAUCUAUACUUAUCUACAUUUAAAUGUUGGAAUAUAUUUCGCGCGAAAAUGAUUGUAUUUCAGAUGAAGUGUAUCUGAAUUGCGGCCAAAUAUGACCGAAAUAAGCGUAAGGAAUGUUCGAUCAAAUUUUUUUAUCUAAAAUUUGAUCUUAAAAAGUGACUAAGGGAAUGUUUAUAUGAAGAACUAAGUAUGCCAAUUAAAAAAUCUGUUAUUUACCUUGAGCGUGCGCUAAAAAUAUAAUUGGUAUGAGAUUUUUAAUGUAAUUUAUUUAAGUUUUAUGUUUUAACAUGUUUCAAUUAGUACAAAUAAACAAUAUUAUAUUAACUAAGUAAGUUCUAUUUUAACUGAGUACAAUAAUCUAUAAGACUAGUCCACUCAACAAUUCGCAUGUUUUGCUCAGUUCUUUUUUCCAGGAAAAACCGAUGGUCGAUUUAAUAAAAUGUAGAACGAAAAUCAACUGUUUCCAUAACCGAUUACUGUUUCUAAAACAUUUAUUUGUUGAAUAUUAAUAUAAUACACUUGCGAAAAAUAUUUUAAACACAUAUUUCCUAUUUGCAAGAAUCUUAUAAACAAAUUGAGUAUGCACAGUGAUAUAUUUUUCAAGUGAAACUCCACGAAUUUUUCCUCACCUUUUCCGUUGUCUUGUAUCUUUCUAGCACCUUAAUUGAAGAAGCUGAGAGAUGCUAUACAGCGAUGAGUUAUCUACUGUCUCUUUUGCACUUAGGGGUGACAAUUUUUAAGGUUAAAUUUAUCGUCUUAAAUUCUUCACUUUCCAAACUUAAUUUUAUAAGAUUCUUGCCCACUUCUCAAUGUAAUAUUCGACAUAAAAACGUUAUAACCAUGAAAUUAAAUUUCAUAGCUCUCUGUAACCACUUAAUUCGACAGUUCUAUGUAAGAUUUAGCCCACCUAUUGGCAUUGGGUUGCUACUGUUUGCGCUCAGGCAGAUUUCGCUCAGGCAGAUCGUACUGAACUCUCUUAGAUAGCACGUAUAUGUACAUAAUGUAAGUUUUUUUUUCAGUUAAUACUCAAACUGGAAAAGAGGAAUCAUCGCCGCGUCACCUCUAAAUCGUAUUUCUGCUGCCAAAUAAAAAUAGACUUUAUGCAAAGUCGAUCAAAGUUCAUUUUUGUCCUGUCCGUGAUUCAGCUGUACUUGCAUGGGGAAUAUGUUAGUGCAAUCACAGAUAUAAGGUGCUUGGUAGUGGUAACGAAUUGGCAUACCGUGGUCAAUGCAUUCUGUAUUGUCUGUGGUAUUCUUCAAGUGACGGUUAUCACUUUUCCGACUGAGCAUUGGCUGAAACAUACCAUCUGUACGUGAUAUCUCUGACAAAAAGUUAGGGAGAAUUUAAUUCUAUAUAAAAGCACACGAUAAGCUUGUUUACUCACCGAAGUUCGCUCGCUAAUUUACCAAUUUUCAAUUUAAUAUUGGUAACGGAGUGGAUGGUGAUUAGGUGCUAGAUCUCAGUCUCAAUGCGUCUCAGAAUAAGGAAUAAAUUAGAAUGUGUAACAGGUUUGGGGCCAAUCUACUUUGCUAAGUCCUACAAAUCAGUUUUAUGUUUAGAAAACAUGAGUCGAACAUGCGUGCAAUUAUUCUAUGCAUAUUUUGUACUAGAAUAAUGGUCAAGUAUAUAAUUUUAUGAUCUAGAGGUAUUUACCAUAUCUAUCAUCAUCAUUAGGGUUGUCAGAAAGAAAAAAAUAAACAUAGAGUAUAUAAAACUACGUCUCUCUGAUGACCCUGGUGGAGUAGCGGUUUAAUACACUGUCCUAUCCCGCGAUAAAAGCAGGUUUUGAUAUUCGCUUAAUUAUUUUAUUUUAUAAAUAUAUUUCUUAUUUAUAUUUAGAUUUUUUUUUAAAUUAUCCAUAAUAGUAAUCUAUGCUUAAUUGGCAAUAAAUAUAUUUAUUUCUUAAGACAAAAAGGUAUUAUAGUUACUGUAUAUGGGACAGGAAAAAAAAUCCGGAUAUUUGGCAAGCCUACGAGGCUAUUUGAGGUCGCACGCUCCUAAUUUGUUCCAUAUUCUGAUAUAUACGUACAGAGAUUGGCUUAGAGUAUAGUAUAAUAAUACUCAAGUAUCCCCCCCCCCCGCGCUGAGUACGUUCUGAGCACCUGAGCAGACUCUGUUUGGAGUAUUAGCGUGUAAGAGCUAUUGAUUAAUUGUAAACGGCCAAGAGUUUUAUUUAUUCUGACACUCAGAUUGGUAAAAAUAUAUAGAAUCUCAAUGCAGAAUAAUUGUGGAGCCACUAAACUAUGCUCGACUAAAGGCGUACUGGUCAGUUGUCAAAAUAAAAGAAAAAAUAACGCAGUGUUGCCAGUGGUAAGUUUUAAAAGUUACUAAGUAAUACUAUAUUGUUUAAAACGUGGUACUUUUUUUUUAUUUUAUUGUCUUAUUUUGACGUUAAUAGAUAAUAUUUUAAUAUAGAUAUGUUAUUCUGACGUGAUUGUAUGACUGUUUAUGUACCCAAUUUAUUAAAAUAUACAAAAAUGACAUUUCCCAACUGACACUUGAAAGAAAUGUCUCCAGAUUAUUAUUCUGUAUUGUUGUUUCUAUAUCUUUUUAUUAGUCUGUGAUUUGACAUUAAAAUUAUCACUUGUUUGACUUGCCAAUCGAGUUUGUUUCGAUUUGUUUUUUUUUUUUUUUCAUUUACAUCUACUUAUGACUUAUGGUUAUUUUUAAUUUUCUCACUGUUUUAUGCGGUUUAACUGGAAAGUUUUGGUAUAGAAUGCUUAUUUUCCCGUUAUAAUGGUUUUCAUUGACUAUACAACAAGAUGUCGCCAUCACGAUGCGUUCCUAAUUUAAAAUUAAAUUCUUUUUAAAAAUAAUUUCCUUUUUUAAUGAGUAGAGGCAUAGAAAGAGGUUAAUAUAAACUAAAAAAUAAACUUCGAAGAAAUGAAAUGUAAAUUGAGACUUCUAAUUAUUUUAAAAAUCGAUUACUAAAAAUGAAAAAUAUUCUUUAAAAACCGAAUCAGUUCUAAUAUAUACUUGAACAAGUAAAAACACCAAUAUUUUUCAGCUAAACUGCAACGAAUCAGACUUUGGUGCAUUCUAGAGUGUAACUGGCAUGUGAUGCUUAUGUUAGAGGGCCUGACCACUACACGACGCCCUCGCGCCAUUCGUGCUUUUAAAAAAUAAAAUUGUCUACAUUAUAACAUUUUAUAAUAAAAAAAAAAGUUUCUUUUUUAACAUGUAUAUCUCUAUUUUUUUUUAUCUAAUUACGCCGGAAGUAAAAUAAAAAAAAAGUUUCUUUUUUUUUUAAUUAAGUUACUUUUAUAAUAAGAUAUUAUAACGUAGACAACAAUUAUUAUAAUUAAUAUAAACAAAAUAUAAAAUACGUUAGCACUAUAAAUCUAAGAAAUUAUCGGCUAGCCUACGUUUACUAGAUUUUUAACUUAUUUCCUAUUUUUUGUCGGGCAUUUUCCCGCGUUAAUUGGGCGCUUGUAUUAUUUUUUUUUUUUAUCGUUCGAUAAUUCGUAUACAUUCUUAAAUAUUUUUUUUUAAAUGCAUGUCGCUUUAAGAGGACUUUUCUUGUUAUUCUUUAUUUAAAUAUGCCGCUAUUUAUUAUUGGCCAGUGAUGAUGGGAGAUUUGAAAUUUUUUUUUAUUGUUGUUAUAUGCAAAGAUGUAUAGUUUUAAAUAUUUUUAAACUGACUACAUCUCCGUUUUAUAUUUAUGAAGAUUUAAAAAAAUCAAUUUGUUUAAGAAUGUAAUCAUGUUUUAGCUUCGAAAUCGCUUGUUAUUCUUAUGAAAAAAAACCGCGCCCAGUUAAGUCUAUUUUAGUAGCUACAGCAUGUUGUUACUGGGUCCAUUACUAUAUAUUUGUGUAAUAAAUGUGCAUUUUUUUUUUUAUAUUUUAUUUUUUAUAAUUAAUUUUCUAGACGGACCCUUAUCAAUUUGACAUUACCUAGAAUGAAAUCUAGUGUCUUUUAAAAUGACAAGUUGAUUGUAUUACACUUCUUUUUUUUUUCAAUAAAUUAUUAACACUGGCUUAUUGUAUCUAUUACGAAAUAAAUUAAUAGUUUUAAAUAU